CCCAGCGCAAUAGGUGAAUUGUCACUGAACUAGAAGGCCAUUUGAACUGGUAACGAACGCGGGCUCGGCUCAGGGUGUAUUCUACUUGUAGCCUGGGCUGAGGCAAGCCUUCAUCAGCGGCCAGAUCUGCCAUCCCGUGCUGAAUACAAAAUAACUAUCCUGAACUUGAAAGUCAAAAUGACCUCGUUUGCUGGGAGGCUCUUGCUACUCGCGAGCUGGCUUUCGCUCGCGGCUGCGGGGGGUGCAGUUGUGGAGCUCACGGAUGAGAACUUUGAUAAGGAAACAGCGACGGGCGUCUGGAUGAUCAAGGUGUAUGCACCAUGGUGUUCUCACUGUAGACAGCUGGAGCCGCUGUGGCAGGUGCUAGCGGAGGAGGCGGCGGCGGAUGGCGUCAAGGUCGGCAAGAUCGACGGCACCAAGGAGCGCGCUAUGAUGGCCCGGCUGCGCAUCAACGCCUUCCCCAGCAUCUUCCUGCUGCGGGAGGGGCGCACGUACAUGUACGAGGGCGCGCGCAACGUGGCAUCGUUCCGGGCCUUCGCUACCUCCAGCUACCAGGCCGCCAAGCCGCUGCCCUUCCACCGCGCGCCCAACAGCAUAGUGGGCAGAGCCAUGGGCCGGUUACACAGCCUGCCCAAGCUGGGCAUGCGGCUGUACCGGCGGCUUCGUGACCAGCACAACAUCAGCGACACGGCCAUAGUGCUGGGCUUCCUGGCGGUGCCGGUGCUGGUGGGCGGGGUGCUCAUCUGCUGCCUGGACGCGCUGUACGUGCGGCGCGCGCGGGAUGAGUUCGGGCCGGAGCACGACCACCAGGAGUGAAGGAGCGGGUGGCUGGGGGUGCGGGGUGCGGGAGGGGGAGUGGGUAGGAGUGGGGAGGGGCCGGGGUGAUGAGCGUGUGUGUGUGUGUGUGUGUGUGUGUGUGUGUGUGUGUGUGUGUGUGUGUGUGUGUGUGUGUGUGUGUGUGUGUGUGUGUGUGUGUGUGUGUGUGUGUGUGUACGGUAGGCGGGGCUCGCAGGGGUGGUUUGGGGGAAGGCAGAGGGUGGUUGCUUGCAGGCACGCACCUCGGCUUCAUUGCCCGAGCCCGGCUUAGCCGAGAGGUUGUGUCGCCGUGAGGAAGGCGGUUGCAUCGAGGGAGGGCAAGCUGGGGGUGCGGAUGGUGGGAGCAAGGUUUGGGACAAAGCUGUGUCACAGACGGAACCAUGAGUAUUGUUGGGGGCUCGAGAGACUAUUGUUGGGGGCUCGAGGAUGGGUGGAUGCAUGGGGCGCGUUAGUGCAGGACAUCGGCACAUCACAAGAGGAGGGAAAGGCGGGUGAGGUGUUGGGUCAGAGCAGCUGUGAUGGCAUGUGCUGCGCCGGGGAAAGGGAUGAGCCUGCAUGGACGUCCCUGGCCCAGGGCUGAGGAAUGGAACCCCCCGCCAGUAACGUAGGUCUUGUCUCUCCUGUCACUGUUCGGUGACCCAUGCAAUAAAAGU